CCAACUCCCAAGCCCACCCCGCCCUGCCAGGUAUAUGAGGCCACGCCCUCCCACGCCCCAAGACAGUCCUGCUGCGUAGGGUGAUCGAGAGAGUCGUGAGCCGAGGCGGCGUGCUGAGUGCUGCAGGAAGGUUCCAGGGCUGUUCUGCCAUUGUGUGUCUGACUUCACUUCGACUACUCUCAAGCACCAACCUUCGCCCCCACCACUACCAUGCCUGGCCACGUCGUCCUCAAGAGCACCGGACCUGACCCCGACCCCACCGAAUACCUGUACGUGUCCCUGGAGCAGAAGCGCAUUGACCAGACCAAGCCCUAUGAUGCCAAGAAGGCGUGCUGGGUGCCCUGCGAGAAGGAAGGCUACGUCCUCGGCGAGAUCCAGGGCACCAAGGGAGACCUGGUGACCGUGGGCCUUAGCGGAGGAGAGACUAAGAACUUCAAGAAGGAUGUUGUGUGCCAGGUCAACCCACCAAAGUUCGAGAAAUGCGAGGAUAUGUCUAACUUGACUUACCUCAACGAUGCCUCUGUGCUGUAUAACCUCAAGUCCCGCUACGUGUGCAAGCUUAUCUACACUUACUCCGGCCUGUUCUGCGUCGCCAUCAACCCCUACAAGCGCUACCCCAUCUACACUAACCGCGUCGUCAAGAUCUACCAGGGCAAGAGGCGUAAUGAGGUCCCGCCCCACAUCUUCGCCAUUGCCGACGGUGCCUACAUGGACAUGCUGCAGAAUCACGAGAACCAGUCUAUGUUGAUCACUGGCGAGUCUGGCGCCGGAAAGACAGAGAACACCAAGAAAGUUAUCCAGUAUUUUGCCAACAUCGCCCGGAGAAGUGACCACUUUGACAAGAAAGUGGUGCAAGUCAAGUUUUCCUCCGGUGGUAACCUUGAGGACCAGAUCGUGCAGACCAACCCCGUGCUGGAAGCCUUCGGUAACGCCAAGACAGUGCGAAACGACAACUCCUCCCGCUUCGGUAAGUUCAUCCGUAUCCACUUCGGCCCCACCGGCAAGCUGUCUGGUGCUGAUAUCGAAACCUACCUGCUGGAGAAGGCCCGUGUCAUCUCCCAGCAGUCCCUCGAGCGAUCCUAUCAUAUCUUCUACCAGAUCAUGUCCAACCAGGUCAAGUGGAUUAAACCGGUGUGCUACCUCAGUGACAGCAUCCAUGACUACCACUUUGUGAGUCAGGGCAAAGUUACCGUCGCCUCUAUUGACGAUGCCGAGGAGAUGCAGUUCACGGAUGACGCCUUCGACGUGCUGGGCUUCAGCAGGGAAGACAAGGAGAACGUGUACAAGGUGACGGCCGCUGUCAUGCACUUUGGCGAGAUGAAGUUCAAACAAAGAGGCCGAGAGGAGCAGGCCGAGGCCGACGGCACAGAGGAAGGUGACAGGGUGGGCAAGCUGAUGGGCGUGGACGGCGCCGACCUGUACAAGAACCUGACCAAGCCCAAGAUCAAGGUCGGCAACGAGUUCGUGACGCAGGGCCGUAACAAGGACCAGGUGGCGUACUCUGUGGGCGCCCUGGCCAAGGGUAUCUUCGAUCGUACCUUCAAGUGGCUGGUCAAGAAGUGUAACGUGACUCUCGAGACUGGCCAGAAGCGAGUCACCUUCAUCGGCGUGCUGGACAUUGCCGGCUUCGAGAUCUUCGACUUUAAUGGUUUUGAGCAGCUAUGCAUCAACUUCACCAACGAAAAACUACAACAGUUCUUCAACCACCACAUGUUUGUGCUUGAGCAAGAAGAGUACAAGAGGGAAGGCAUUCAAUGGACCUUCAUUGAUUUUGGUCUUGACCUCCAGGCUUGUAUUGAACUCAUUGAGAAGCCCCUGGGUAUCCUCUCCAUUCUCGAAGAGGAGUCCAUGUUCCCCAAGGCUACCGACAAGUCCUUUGAAGAGAAGCUGAAGACUAACCAUCUUGGAAAGUCUCCAAACUUCAUCAAGCCCAAGCCCCCCAAGCCCGGCCAGGCUGAGGCCCACUUCGCCAUCGUGCACUACGCCGGCACCGUGCCCUACAACCUCACUGGGUGGCUUGAGAAGAACAAGGACCCCCUCAACGACACCGUGGUGGACCAGCUGAAGAAGGCCUCCAACGCCCUCUCUGUGGAGAUCUUCCUCGACCACCCAGGACAGUCCGGCGCCCCUGACACCGGCGGCAAGGGUGGAAAGCGCGCCAAGGGCUCUGGAUUCCUGACAGUUUCCGGCCUGUACAGGGAGCAGCUCAACAACCUGAUGACUGUUCUCAGGAGCACAGCCCCACACUUCAUCCGUUGCAUCAUCCCUAAUGAAGUGAAAGCAGCUGGUGUGAUCGACGCGGCCCUUGUGAUGCAUCAGCUCACUUGUAACGGUGUGCUUGAAGGUAUCCGUAUCUGUCGCAAGGGCUUCCCCAACAGGAUGGUCUACGCGGACUUCAAACACCGCUACAACAUCCUGGACCCUAAGGUUACCAAAAACUUGGGGGAUGAUGACAAGACAGCCAGCCAGGAACUGUUGACUUCAGUGGAGCUCGAGUCUGAAAAGUACCGCAUGGGGCACACCAAGGUAUUCUUCCGCGCUGGUGUGCUGGGUGCCCUCGAGGAAAUCCGUGACGACCGCCUCGCCAAGAUUAUCUCGUGGCUGCAGGCAUGGAUCCGAGGCUACACCAGUCGCAAGGCCUACAAGAAGCUGCAGGAGCAGCGCGUGGCCCUCAUCGUGGUACAGAGGAAUAUCAGGAAGUUCAUGAAGCUCCGCACCUGGGCGUGGUACCGCCUCUGGCAGAAGGUCAAGCCUCUCCUCAACGUCACCCGCAUCGAAGACGAGAUCCGCGCCCUGGAGGAGAAGGCCGCCAAGGCUGAGGAGAACUACGAGCGAGAGGCAAAGCUGCGCAAAGAACUCGAAGCUGCAAACCUCGCCCUCCUGGAAGAGAAGAACAACCUCCUGGUCACCCUCGAGUCCACCAGAGGCAACGUGUCUGAGUACCUGGACAAGCAGGCCAAGCUGCAGAGUCAGAAGGCCGACUUGGAGGCUCAGCUCAACGAAACCACAGAGCGCCUGCAGCAGGAAGAGGAGGCUCGUAACCAACUCUUCCAGAACAAGAAGAAGACAGAGCAGGAACUCAAUGGCCUCAAGAAGGACAUUGAAGAUCUUGAGCUGUCGGUGCAGAAGGCGGAACAGGAUAAGGCUACCAAAGACCACCAGAUCAGAAACCUCAAUGACGAGAUCGCCCACCAAGAUGAGCUCAUCAACAAAAUCAACAAAGAGAAGAAGCACUUGCAAGAGUGCAACCAGAAAACUGCCGAGGACUUGCAGGCUAUUGAGGAUAAGUGCAAUCACCUCAACAAAGUCAAAGCCAAGUUGGAACAGACUCUCGAUGAGCUCGAAGACUCUCUUGAGCGCGAAAAGAAACUGCGCGGCGAAGUCGAUAAGGCCAAGAGGAAAAUUGAGGGUGACCUCAAGUUGACUCAGGAAGCCGUUGCAGAUCUGGAGCGCAACAAGAAGGAACUCGAGCAGAGCAUCCAACGCAAGGACAAGGAGGUGUCUUCUCUUGCCUCCAAGCUGGAGGAUGAGCAGAGUCUUGUGUCUAAGCUGCAGAAGCAGAUUAAGGAAUUGCAAGCUCGCAUUGAGGAGCUCGAGGAAGAACUAGAGCAUGAGCGCCAGGCUCGUGCCAAGGCUGAGAAGUCUAAGACUCACUUGGGCCGUGAACUGGAAGAGCUUGGUGACCGCCUGGAUGAGGCCGGCGGCGCCACAGCAGCACAGAUCGAACUUAACAAGAAGCGCGAGGCAGAACUGGCGAAACUCCGCCGCGACAUCGAGGAGUCCAACAUUCAGCAUGAAGCCGCUCUCGCCAACCUCCGCAAGAAGCACAAUGAUGCCGUCGCCGAAAUGUCUGAGCAGAUCGACCACCUCAACAAAAUGAAAGCCAGGGCCGAGCGGGAAAAGACUACUCUGUCCUCGGAGCUCAAUGACGCACGCUCAGCAGCUGAUCUUAUGAGUAAUGAGAAGGCCGCCGCGGAAAAGAUGAACAAGCAGCUCCAGCACCAGUACAACGAGAUUCAGGCCAAACUUGACGAAGCUAACCGCACCCUCAACGACUUUGACGCCGCCAAGAAGAAGCUCGCCGUCGAGAACUCCGACCUUCUGCGUCAGCUCGAGGAAGCGGAAAGCCAGAUCGGUCAGUUGUCCAAACUCAAGCUGUCCCUCACCAACCAGCUCGAGGACAGCAGGAAGCUGGCUGAUGACGAGUGCAGGGAGCGUGCAACUCUGCUCGGCAAGUUCCGCAACCUUGAACACGACAUCGAUGGCCUCCGUGAACAGCUGGACGAGGAGAGCGAGGGUAAGGCUGAUCUUCAGCGCCAACUCUCCAAGUCCAACGCCGAGGCUCAGAUGUGGCGCGCCAAGUAUGAAUCCGAGGGAGUGGCACGCGCCGAGGAGCUGGAGGCGGCCCGCCUGAAGCUCGCUGCCCGCCUGGAGGAAGCCGAGCAGCAGAUCGAGCAGCUGAACGUGAAGAACAUGAACCUCGAGAAGACCAAGCAGCGCAUCUCCACCGAGUUGGAGGACAUGCAGCUGGAGGUGGAGCGUGCACAGACCUUGGCCAACGCCGCAGAGAAAAAACAGAAGAACUUUGACAAGAUCAUUUCUGAAUGGAAGAUGAAGGUUGAUGACCUGGCCGCUGAGCUGGACGCCUCACAGAAGGAGUGCCGCAACUAUUCCACGGAACUGUUCCGCGUCAAGGCUGCCUACGAGGAGAACCUUGAGCAACUGGACUCAGUGCGCCGUGAGAACAAGAACCUCGCCGAUGAGAUCAAGGACCUUAUGGACCAGAUCGGAGAGGGCGGCCGAUCCCUCCAUGAAGUCCAGAAGAACGCUAAGCGUCUUGAGAUCGAGAAGGAAGAACUCCAGGCUGCUCUUGAGGAGGCUGAGGCCGCCUUGGAGCAGGAGGAGAACAAGGUGCUCCGCGCCCAGCUGGAGCUGAGCCAAGUCAGGCAGGAAAUCGACAGGCGCAUCCAGGAGAAGGAGGAGGAGUUUGACAACACUCGCAAAUGCCACCAGCGCGCCAUCGACUCCAUGCAGGCGUCCCUCGAAGCUGAGGCCAAGGGCAAGGCCGAGGCUCUCCGUAUGAAGAAGAAGCUCGAGUCUGACAUCAAUGAACUCGAAAUCGCCCUCGACCACUCCAACAAGGCCAACGCUGACAUGCAGAAGCAUGUCAAGAAGCUGCAAACCGACAUCAAGGACCUGCAGACCCGCGUGGAGGAGGAGCAGCGUCUGGCCUCUGAGUACCGCGAACAGUACGGCAUCGCUGAGCGUCGCGCCAACGCCCUGCACGGCGAGCUGGAGGAGUCCCGCACGCUGCUCGAACAGUCUGACCGCGGCCGCCGGCAGGCCGAGUCUGACUUGGCUGAGGCCAAUGACCACAUCAACGACCUCACAGCACAGAAUGGCUCCCUCACUCUGGCCAAGAGGAAACUCGAAGGAGAGAUGCAGACCCUACAUGCUGAUCUUGACGAGAUGCUGAACGAGGCCAAGAACUCUGAGGAGAAGGCCAAGAAGGCCAUGGUGGACGCUGCUCGCCUUGCUGACGAACUCCGCGCCGAGCAGGAGCACGCCCAGAACCAGGAGAAGAUGAGGAAGGCUCUCGAGGUUUCCGUGAAGGAGUUGCAGGUGCGUUUGGAGGAAGUGGAGGGCAACGCCUUGAAGGCCACCAAGAAGGCCAUCGCCAAGCUGGAGAGCCGCGUGCGUGAGCUGGAGAGCCAGCUGGACGACGAGGCUCGCCGCCACGCCGAUGCCCAGAAGAACCUGAGGAAGUGCGAGAGGCGCAUCAAGGAGCUCACCUUCCAGGCCGACGAGGACAAGAAGAACCACGAGAGGAUGCAAGACCUUGUCGACAAACUCCAGCAGAAGAUCAAGACCUACAAGCGCCAGAUCGAGGAGGCUGAGGAGAUCGCUGCUUUGAACUUGGCUAAGUUCCGCAAGGCCCAGCAGGAGCUGGAGGAGGCUGAGGAGCGUGCUGACAAUGCCGAGCAGUGCGCCAAUAAGGUGAAGGCGAAGGGUCGGGCUGAGUCCAUGGCUCGCAUGUCCCCUCAGCUCUAAGUACCAAGUUAGUGCCAGACCCCCCCACGCCCGCAACUUUUUCAUGUAAGAGACGACGACCGAAGUGCCCCCCUAACCCCCACCAUCCCCACCACCACCACAAC